UUCCUUGUCUUUCUCUCUCCGAUUGUCUUACCAUCGCCAUUACCCUUCAAUUGUUCUGUUGCGUAAAAUAAGCUAGAGAGAGGGCAGUGUGCGAGCAACAUAUUGUGCACGAAGCUCUUAUUUUAAGUCCUCUCAUAAAUAUUCCACCCUGCCCCAAAUUUACAAUUGAUCUGACGACAGUACAGCAACAGUGAGCCAAUGGAAAUCCAAGUUCCACUAGUUGAAACUCUAGUUAAGAUGGCAACACAUCUCCAAAGGCGGAUUUAUGGGAACCUCUUGCCAAAACAAAAAUAAAACAAAAAAAUAUGAAAACAGACAACACAGCAUUGGAGGAACCAGAGAUCAGCGAAGAAAUCACAUGUACAUCCGGCAAUAUACAACGCGAUACCAGCCGUACCACUCACAAGCGUCUCGGGGAUGCGUACUUUGCGCGUCCGUUUCUGAGAAAAAAGGAUAGACUGCCUUGCUUGUGGAUACAUUCCGUUUAAAAUGGACACUGCACUGGUUGGAUUGUGCCAGGGAAUGGCAAUGCACAUCAAGAGAAAUUCCUAAACUUGCGUUUUUCCUCUUUACAGCCUGCUGACCGUCACGUUUCCAGCGAGAGUUUGUUAUACCCAGGCUGAUCACGAACCACUUCACGGAUUAUUAUACAGUCGGGGUGAAGAGGGACCAGUGUCUUCAAGGUUAUAGAUUGGCCAUGCUAAUUAUGUUUUCGAAUUUACCACGUUUAAGCGGAUGACACCCAAAACUACAACUGCACUACCGUGAGCUGGGCCAUUCCUGCACAAGAAAAUGCAUAUCUGGAUACUGAAAAUAAUAUUGCUGGUUGCCACAUCCCUGAGUCUGGUUGAGAUGUAUGACAAUUAUGGGGAGAUCUGUAGGGAUCUGUGCACUUGUGAGGAGAAGGAAGGCAUUCUGACGGUCAGUUGUGAGAACAGGGGCAUUGUGCGACUGUCGGAAAUAAGCCCGGUGCAAUUUUCUAUGUACCAUCUUUUACUGACAGGUAAUUUGCUAAAAAGAUUGUCUGUCAAUGACUUCAUCAACUACACUGGAGCUACCAUUUUGCAUUUAGGUAAUAAUGACAUAUCUGAGGUGGAGACUGGGGCGUUCAAUGGACUCCAGGGAUUAAAGAGGUUACAUUUGAACAAUAACAAAAUAGACAUUCUUCGGGACGACACUUUCGCCGGACUCGAGAGCCUAGAAUACCUGCAGAUUGACUAUAAUUUUAUUAGCACUAUUGAACCUAAUGCUCUGAGUAGGCUUCAUCAACUAACUGUUCUGAUUCUCAAUGACAAUUUGUUGUCCUCUCUGCCCACGAACAUUUUCCGAAAUGUGCCCUUGACGCACCUGGAUCUGAGGGGAAAUCGCUUAAAAAUGUUCCCUUACAUCGGCCUUUUGGAGCAUAUGGACAAAGUAGUGGAAUUACAGCUUGAGGAAAAUCUGUGGAAUUGCUCUUGCGAGCUCAUUGCGCUUAAGGCUUGGCUGGAGAGCAUCGCCUACACUGCUCUGGUGGGGGAGGUGGUUUGUGAGACUCCUUUCAGGCUCCAUGGCAGGGAUCUGGACGAGGUCUCAAAGCAGGAACUGUGUCCCCGAAGGGCCAUAUCAGAGUACGAGAUGCGCCCACCUCCCCCGCUCAGCACCAGCAGCUAUUUCCAGACCACACCGGCAGCUGUGACAGCAUCAGCCACGUCUUCGGCCGUCCUGCGAUCCUCAUCUAGGCCGACCAAGGGCACCCGCCAAUCCAGCAAAACCAAGUCCAAGCCCACAUCUCGAAUCCCAGCCAACCCCUACAACUACGGGCCCAUCAUUGCUUUUCAGACCAAAUCUCCCGUGCCUUUGGACUGCCCCACCACCUGUACAUGCAAUCUGCAAAUCUCUGACCUGGGGCUCAAUGUCAACUGCCAGGAAAGGAAGAUCGAAAACAUAUCAGAUCUUAAGCCCAAGCCAUACAAUCCUAAAAAGAUGUACCUCACGGGGAACUACAUUCCCGUCGUACGUAGAUCUGACUUCGUGGAGGCUGAGGGACUGGAUUUAUUGCACCUGGGAAACAAUCGGAUAGCACUAAUACACGACAGAGCCUUUGGGGAUUUAAUUAACCUACGUAGGCUGUACUUAAAUGGCAAUUUGAUUGACAGACUCACGGCAGAUAUGUUCUUUGGGCUAAAGAGUCUGCAGUACUUGUAUUUAGAAUAUAAUAAGAUUCGAGAGAUUGUGGGUGGUACCUUCCGCUUUGUGCCCAACCUUCAGCUACUUUUCCUCAAUAACAAUCUUUUAAAAACGUUGCCAGGAGGCAUCUUCUCUAGUCUGUCUCUAUCCCGCCUCAACCUUCGCAGCAACCAAUUUCAAAACCUGCCUGUGAGUGGAGUUCUGGACCAGCUAAAAGCAUUGGUUCAGAUUGACCUGUUCGAGAACCCUUGGGAUUGCACCUGCGAUGCGGUUGGCAUGAAGAUCUGGUUGGAGCAGCUGAACACUGGAACGGUGGUGAACGACGUCAAAUGCGUGACACCCAAGCGGGUUGCGGGGCAGGAUAUGCGGGUUGUCCCUUCUGAGCAGUUAUGUCCAGAUUACUCUGACGUCAUCGUGUCCACCGUGGUUCCUUCCGAGGAGCCUUCAGCAGACCGGAUCACCACCACCGAGACGCCCCGGAGGUUCAACACCACUUCCAGUAAUGUCCCUUUGUCUGUUCUGAUUCUCAGCCUCCUCCUUGUUUUCAUAAUGUCCGUGUUUGUGGCAGCCGGCCUGUUUGUGGUGGUGAUGAAGAGGCGUAAAAAGUCUCAGAGCGACCGUACCAGCACAAACAACUCAGACGUGAGCUCCUUCAACCUGCAGUACAAUCUCUAUAGCAAUCGCUCUGUCCCCAAGGUCAAGGCCCCAGUGGGUCAUGUCUAUGAGUACAUCCCCCAUCCAUUAGGUCACAUGUGCAAAAACCCAAUCUACAGGUCCCGGGAAGGGAACGCCGUGGAGGAUUACCCCGACCUGCAUGAACUCAAGGUCACCUACAGGAGUAAUGCUGAUGAGGAUCAGGAGGUCACCUUGAGGAGCCCCAAUUACACGGUGAGCACCAUCGAGCCUCGUGAGCAGCCGUCUCCUGUUCAGGAUGCCGAACACUUCUUUAGGGGGAUUCUGGAGCCGGAUAAAUCUCCAUCGACUGCUGGCAGCAGGUUUGAAUAUAAGUACACUGGCCCUGUCCCGUACACAUACCAACCAAACUUCGACGUGAGGCGCCAGUUCUUACAUCCUGAAGGAAUACGAGAGACUAUGCUUUAUGGUACAGCGCCAAGUACUGUCUUUGUGGAGCCCAAUAGAAAUGACUAUUUGGAACUAAAGGCAAAACUUCAAAUAGAGCCGGACUACCUCGAAGUUCUUGAGAAACAGACAACACAGAGCCAGUUUUAAACCUU